AUGGUGAAUUUUGCACAUCUUGAAGACUGUGCAGUUACGAAUUCAGGAAUAAAGUUAAAGGACAAAGCCAACUCUAUGUCACUUUGGCAUAAGAGAUUGCCAAUUGAAAUUCUUGAUUGGAAGACACCUUUUGAGAUUUUAUAUAACAAAGCACUAGAGUAUCAUAUGUUAAAGGUUUUUGGUUGCCUCUGCUAUGCAACAAAUACUAAACCAGCAAAAGAUAAAUUUUCAACUAGAGCCUUUAAAUGUGUUUUCAUAGGCUAUCAGCCUGGACAAAAGGCUUACAAAGUGUAUGAUUUAACUUCCAAACAAGUUUUUACCUCUAGGGAUGUCAUCUUCUUUGAAAAUGUUUUCCCUUUUAAACAAGAAACAGAUUCCAUCUUGCCUUUGCCCAUGUCAACUGCUGACAGUGAACAUGUAUUUGAAGAAUCUGUUAUUCUAGAACCAAUUUCACAGCCUGAACCUUCAUCACCUGCACCUGAUCUUACUCCUGAUUUGGAUUUAGAACUUACUGACCAUUCAACACCAGACCAAAUAUCAGAUGUUGAACUUGCAAUUGAAAUGCUACCACUUCAACCUGAUCUAGACUUUCAACAAACCAGACACAGUACUAGGAUUAGGAAUAAGCCAACCUGGAUGAAAGACUUUGUUACUAAUCUAUCUUUUACUGAUCCAACUGCUACCACAAAUGUUACAACUAUUCAGGAACCAAAAUCUUACAAAGAAGCCAGUGUUAAAGCAGAAUGGGUGCAGGCAAUGAACAAGGAAUUAUAG